AUGCUUUUGCAAAACCUUAGCUGUCAGUUAUCAUCUUGUGCAUUCCCAAAGAAAUUUAACGAGUAUCGCAAGAGGCUCAAGAAACAGAGUUUGUUGCGCAAUGUUGGUGAAUUUGCAGAGCGCCUAUUUGAGAGCUCGCGGUUAGAUACAGAAGAGUUUGAUCCAUUUUCUGAUCGAGGGAGUUCAUGGUUCAGACCAAGUUUCAAGGAAAAUGGAUCUAAAAAGAGCAAGUCUAGAUAUAGGACAUCACAGGCAUUCACAAGAGAUUUCGAGUUCUGUGAAGAUGGGGAUGAAGUAGAAUUUGAGACCAUUUUCCGCUCGGCAUUUGGUGGGACCCGGGGCUUCUUUUGGUCUUUCACGAUUGAUGAUGGACCACAUUAUAGAAACACAUCAAGUUACUCUAGCAACUAUAGGACUUCUAGAGGUCGGAAAUAUCAGUAUGGAGAAGACUAUGAUUCAUCAUCUGAUUAUGAGAGUCAUAUGGUAGAUAUGAGGUCUGAUAGGGUUGCUCUGGGGCUAGCUGCAUCCGGCCCUUUGAAUGUAGAAGACGUAAAAAAUGCAUAUCGAGCAUGUGCGUUAAAAUGGCAUCCAGAUCGACAUCAGGGCUCUUCCAAGGUUGUCGCCGAGGAGAAAUUCAAGGCAUGCAGUGCGGCUUAUCAGUCUUUGUGUGAUAAACUUGGUGUCGAUUAG